ACGGACAGCGCCCUCACGGAAUGGUGUUCCCCAGCAAAGCGUUAAGGAGGAUCACACUGACGGUGGUCGGUUUUGUGGCGAUCUUCGCGAGUCCUUCAAACGCUGGCUUCUAUCCGGGCCUUUCGUUAGAGGGAUGGCCGUACGCGUUCCCACUUGGACCGUGGCAUGAUGCGACUCCGAUUCAACCGUACAACGAACCAGUCCCGAUCAUACCCGUCAUUUCGGCUCAUCUCGCUGAGUAUCCGGGUGCGAUGUCGAUUGCGGCCACGCGUGGUGCCAUCCAUAUCGCACCCCUACCUGGACACUCGAUCUCGCAGUUCCAGUACAACCUGGACGCUCCUCCUGGGACGUAUUAAGUCAAGGACACUGGCGCGUCGUUUCGUUUUAAAACUUAGCAAUAAAGCGUGCUUUA